CGGGCGGGCGAGCCAGGCGGGCGCCGGGCGGGCGAUGGGCGAGCGCGGGGCCGGGUAGCGGGGCCAUGGAGGCGGCGGAGGAGGGCGCCCUGGACGCGCAGUCGCUCAUCAGCCUCUCCCUGAGGAAGAUCCACAGCUCGCGGGCGCAGCGCGGGGGGCUCAAGCUGCACAAGAACCUGCUGGUCUCCUAUGUGCUGCGCAACGCCCGCCAGCUCUACUUCAGCCAGCGCUACGCCGAGUUCUACCGACGGCAACAACAGCAGCAGCAGCAGCAGCAACACCCUCCGCACCUCUACCCCGACGGGAUGGGGAUCGGGGGCCACGGUGGGGGCCCGCACUGGAGCCUCUUCGCCUUCCCCCCCGGGCCCACCAGUCCCGGCCCAGCCCAGGCCGAGGAGGCGAUGCCUUUCCAACGCUGCUGCGUCCUGGGGGGGCCCUCUUCCUGCACCCCCGGCGCCCCGGUGUUGGAAGCCUCGCGCCUGCAAGCCACGGCGUCGGAUCCGGGACAAAAGGAACUCCUUCACUCCCAAGUUUCGCCUCUUUCCUCCCUUCCUUCCGCCUCGGAGGAAGCGCUGCAUUUCCAGCGGUGCUGCGCGCUGAAUCGGGUUGGAGACGUCCUAGGGGGGCACUCUUCCUGCACCCCCUGCGCCCCGGUGUUAGAAGCCUCGCGUAUGCAAACAACGGCGUCGGAUCCGGGACAAAAGGAACUCCUAGGAGGCCAAGUUUCGCCUCUUUCCAACGUUGCUUCCGAAGCGGAGGAGGCGCUGCAUUUCCAACGCUGCUGCGCGCUGAGUCGGGUUGGAGACGUCCUAGGGGGACCCUCUUCCUGCACCCCCAGCACCCCGGUGUUGGAAGCCUCAAGGUUGCAAAUGACGGCAUCGGAUCCGGGACAAAAGGAACUCCUCGGAGGCCAAGUUUCAGCUCUUUCCGCCGUUGCUUCCGAGACGGAGGAAGCGCUGCAUUUCCAACGCUGCUGCGCGCUGGGUCGCGUUGGAGACGUCCUAGGGGGACCCUCUUCCUGCACCCCCAGCACCCCGGUGUUGGAAGCCUCAAGGCUGCAAAUGACGGCAUCGGAUCCGGGACAGAAGGAACUCUUAGGAGGCCAAGUUUCGCCUCUGUGCUCGGUCGCUUCGGGGGGUUUCGACCCCCGGAUGGGAGCGCCUCCGGGCGCGGGGCUUUACGCGGGCUUCGCGGCUGCUUUCGGGGCCACCCCGGGGACCGGGAAUGGCGGCAACAACAACGGGAGUGGCCUCUCGCCGCUGUGCUCGACCCGGACCACGGUGCUGGACCUGGACACGCACGUGGUGACCACCGUGGACAACGGCUUCGUCCACCCCCAGGACUGCGCGUGCGGCAGCAGCAGCUUCGGCGCCUGCCUGCCGCUCCCUUCGCCGGUCUUCCCGGGGGCCAAGCGCAAAUACGACGAGGAGGACCCCCGGAUGGGCUCCCCGGCGCCUGCCCCGGCCCCGGCCCCGCUCCUCCCGGCCCCCCACCCCAAGCGCGCCCGCCUCGACGACGACGCCCCGCUUUCCCCCCCCAACAGCAGCCCGGAGCCGCCUUCCAGCCACAUCUCCAACUUGAUCUCCAUUUUCGGCGCCGGCUUCACCGGUUUGGCCAGCCGGCCCUCGAGCCCGCCGUGCCCGCCAACCCCUCCUCUCCCCCCGCCUCCUCCUCCUCCUUCUCCCGCGAUCGACGCGGAACAACAAACGCUCAACGGGCAGCUGUGCAGCAAGCAAGCCUUGGCCAGCUUGGGCGCCUGGACGCGAGCCAUCGUGGCCUUUUGAAAACAGGGCUGUUUUCGUGGUCGGGACACUCCACCCCUUUCCGGACACUCUACCCUUCCCGAACAAAAGACUGGGCUCUCCAAGCCCAAAGCCACUGUGUUGUUUUGUUUGGUUGUAACAUAUGGAAAGGGAUGGGAAGGGGCGACAA